AAGUGUGCUCAUUGUGGCAUAUUUACGCCCAUGUAACCUGCGCACUACCGUCAAACGAUAUGUUGUACAGUGUGUACCAGUAUGGAGUUCCGAUGUGAAGACAGCGGCGAAUGUGUAGCACCAUCUGCAGUGUGCAAUGGUAUCAUCGACUGUGAUGAUGCAUCGGACGAGCUGCUGUGUCAGUCCUGUGCAGAGAACGGACUGUGGCAGUGUGACGGCGGUGAAUGCAUCAGGAACGCCUCGGUGUGUGACGGGGACAAGGACUGCUCUUCUGGGGAAGACGAGGAGAACUGCCACACUCCCUGCAAUGGUCUCCAGUUGGAGUGUGACGGGGGAUGUCUGCCGACGUACCGCGUCUGUGACGGGUUGGAGGACUGUUCCAACGGAGAGGACGAGAUGAACUGUACAACCGGCGGUUGCGGUGCUGGGCAGUUCUCCUGUACAGACGGGACGUGUCUGAUGGAGUCUCAGCUGUGUGACAACCUGACGGAUUGUAGUGGAGGGGAGGACGAGGAAGACUGUGGAGAAGCCAAACCUCCUGGAUUCCCACUUGGAUUGGCCAGCCGGUACAUUCCCGAUGUCUUCCUCACCGCCAGCUCCAACUACAAACCUGACUUCGCCCCGAUCCAGGCUCGCCACACGCCUUUAACUAUGCCAGGAUACUGCUGGGUACCAAAUUCUGUGGUGGGCCAAUGGCUUCAGGUUUACCUGGGCAAGACGACUGACGUCACAGGGGUGAUGAUCAGUGGAGGUGGCUCGAACUGGGACCUGGGCAGCUGGGUGACGUCAUUCACUCUAGCCUUCAGCAUGGACGGCGCUUCGUGGGGACCGUACACAGGCAGCAGUGACAACGUUCUGGUUUUCCAAGGAAACCGAGAUCGGUACAACAGAGUUAGUCGUCCUCUCCCAGUUCCUGUGACGUCACGCUACAUCCGUCUAUACCCGACAGGCUACUACGGCUGGGUUGCCAUGGUGAUAGAGGUGUACGUCACAAAUGACGAAAACACGUGGCUGAAGCAGGACCAGUACGUCCCAUUGGGAGUUGGACUUGAUCCCGACGAUCCUGGUACGGUUCCGAAGGUUCCCGACCUCGACGUGAGCGCGUCAUCGCGAAGGGACGACUUCUUCCCGUGGCAGGCCCGUCUGAACAGCGGGGAGGGACAGCAGCAGGGGGCGUGCUGGUCUCCGGCUCUGCGCACCGACACGGACCAGUGGCUGCAGAUUAAGCAUGACAGAGUGUACGAAGUUGCCGGUGUCAUCACCCAGGGAGCGUACAACCUGGACUACUGGGUGACGUCAUACAAGCUGGCGUUCUCUGUCAAUGGACGGUGGACAACAUACAGCUCAGGGGACGGCGAAGAGAUGGUGUUCCAGGGGAACAGUGACAGCCACCGCUAUGCUCGCAAUCUGUUGGACCAUCCAGCGUAUGCACUCUACACUCGUUUCUACCCGCUCAGCUUCAAAAAUCGGAUUGCACUGAGAGUCGAGAUUCUCGUCAUAGAUGAAAUUGACAGCCAGUACAGUUCGUGUGGGGACGAUGAGGUGUACCACGAUAGUCAGGCCUGUGACGGCACAGAAGACUGCUCAACAGGGGAGGACGAGGUAAACUGUGACGAGUGUGCGAUGGAAUGUCUGACUGUUCUAAGUGACUCCUGCAUCCCGAGUGGCUGGAUCUGUGAUGAACUACAGGACUGUUUAGAUGGUAGAGACGAGCAGGGCUGUGUGCAAGGAGUACCCAAACACUGCUUUUUCACCUGCGGUAACAACGUCACCUGUCUGCCGACAAGUCAGCUGGGGGACGGGCGUCAGGACUGUGCUGGCGGCGAGGACGAACGACCCAGCAACAUUGAAGAGUCCCUGGGAUACAAGUGGGGCUCCUGCAGCCACAACUGCACGUCUGUCUACGGUAACGCGUCAUGCGUUCCUGACGCCUUCGUCUGUGACGGUGACGCGGACUGUUCGGAGGAAGAGGACGAGCAGGACUGUGAUCGUGUAGACUUCUUCCUCCGUGAGACAGAAGACUGCGGGACGUUCUACUGCAGCCUGCCCGGCUCUGUGGACCCGUACUGCGUGCACGGUCAUCUCAUCUGUGACGGACACCCGGACUGUGCGUCAGGGGAGGACGAGCAGGGCUGUGGCGGUAACGCGCCGGGCCGCAUGUCAACUCAAACCGGCACCACGGGGAGCAUCGGACCGACCGUAGAACCGACAAGUGGUCAAGGAGCGUUCCAGGAUCAAACAGAGCUCUAUGAAGUAAACUGUGGGCCCCAGGACCAGCCCAUGACUUGGAUGACAGCCGCUGCACUGGGCGGUCAGAUUCUGUAUCGCAUGACUGUCUAA